CAUAAAUAUAAAAAUAGCUAAGAACCUCAAAAAUCGAACCCACAAACCCUAAAUUCUGAGAAAGAUAUGGCUCCAGAUCUAUCAAUGAUUCUUCCUAGGGUUCUAAUCGUCUCUAGAAGAACUGUUCGUAAGAACAAAUUUGUUGAUUUUGUUGGAGAAUAUCACUUAGAUCUCAUCGUGAGUUAUGGAGCAGCGCCUGUUAUAGUGCCGCGAGUUAGUGGUGUACACUUGUUACUAGAAAGCUUUCAACCAAUUCAUGGAGUUCUUCUAUGUGAAGGAGAGGACAUUGAUCCAUCACUUUAUGAUGCUGAAUUAUCUGGAUUAUCACAAGAAGAACUUGAAGAAAUCAAGAAAGUACAUUCAAGUGACACAACAAUUGAUAGAGAAAAAGAUUCAAUUGAACUAGCUCUUGCAAAACUUUGUCUUGAGAGGAACAUACCUUAUUUGGGAAUUUGUAGAGGUUCACAAGUCCUUAAUGUUGCUUGUGGUGGCACCCUUUAUCAAGAUUUAGAGAAAGAAUUGUCCAAGAAUUGUCAAUCACUAUCUCGCUCGGACUCUCCAGAAAUGUCAUUAAUGUUGCACCCGUGUCUGAUUGGAGAAUCAGACACGAACCCAUCGACAUUAUUGAAGUGUCUGAACACCAUAGAAGAAGAAUUGUCCAAGAAUAGUAAAAAACUUUGCUGGUCAGACUCUCCAGAAAUGUUAUCGCAUCCAUGUCAGAUGGGAGGAUCGGCUGACAUGCACCCGUCGAUAGUAUUGAAGUCAUGUCCGAGUAAUAUAGAGAAAGAAUUGUUAAAAAAUUGUCAGAAGAUAUGUUUCUCGGACUCUCAAGAAAUAGGUCAAAAGUAUGAAAAAGUUGUACAUAUGAACUAUGAAAAUUAUGAUGGACAUAGGCAUGUGGUGAAAAUAGUUGAAAAUACACCAUUACACAAAUGGUUUAAAGAUUCAUUAGAAGAUAAUGAUGAUGGGAACAAAAUGGAGAUUUGGGUUAAUAGUUAUCAUCAUCAAGGAGUUAAGAAAUUAGCACAAAGAUUUGUGCCAAUGGCAUUUGCUAAUGAUGGAUUAAUUGAAGGUUUUUAUGAUCCAGAUGCAUAUAAUCCUGAAGAAGGCAAAUUUAUUAUGGGUUUACAAUUUCAUCCUGAACGUAUGCGUGGACAAGAUAAUGGUGAUUUUGAUUAUCCAGGUUGUGCUAUGGCUUACCAGGAAUUUGUUAAAGCAGUAAUUGCAUAUGCAAAGAAGCUUAAUGGUUCUGGAAAUAUGCCAAGUAGAGGUGUAAAAUUCAACCAUGAAUUAGAGAGCAAAAGAAAAAGCAUUGUUAAAAGUUUUUCAAUUGCAAAAAAUAUGUAUAGCACAGGAUGUGGCAGAAUUUCAGAAAAAGAAUCUGAACUUGAACCUGGAGCUGAAUUUCUUCAGGCAAACACAGCAUUGAGUGUACAACAAGAGAAUAGGUUGAAGCAAAUGGGAGCAACAGUGAGGAAUGCAUCAACAUACAUGAACAGAUUGAAGAUGAAUGAAGAAAGAGAAAAAAUGGCUAGGGCUAUUCUUGCAAAAAUGUCAAUUGAACAACUCUCAGAUAUGGUUAGUUUUUAUCAUAAAAUGGGACAACUUUGUUCUGAGGCUUUAGACAAAAAGUUCAAUGACAUGGAAUUAGCUUGAACUAAAAGGCAAGGAAACUCAGUUCACUAAGCUCCUGUUAUAUGUGAGGUCCAAGAAAAGAUCGAACCACAAGGGUCUAUUGAACUAUACAUCUCUUUUUUCUACAAAAUCUCUCUCUAUGUUUAUGAUAUGAAAUCAAGUUUUGUUUGUUUUUUUGUUGGUUGCUAAUAUUGUGUUUUUGAAUAAUGGAGAGGUUUUACACUACAAGAAAAACACAGAUUUAUGAGGGAA